AUGGACCCCAAGGACUCUGUAACGGGAAAUGAUAUCACAAUAGGUAGUACUAGAGACAGAGCCUCGAGCCAGUCUUCGAACCAGUCUUCAAGCCAGACUUUUCAUUCUCCAUAUCACAGCGAGAAAGUUAAUAAAUGGAAGUCUUUCAAGGACUCUUUCAAAAGAUACGAUGGCCAUGAAGUGGACGUGACAUAUGAGGGACUCACGGAUAUGGAAAAGGCCAAUAUUCGAACUAGCUCACCAAGGUUGCAACGCAAGCUCAAAUCGAGACACUUGCAAAUGAUUGCUAUUUCGUCUUCGAUCGGCACAGGACUUUUCAUCGGGUCUGGAGAAGCUUUAUAUACGGGGGGACCUGCUGGAGUUUUGAUAGCUUGGAUAUUGACGGGGUCUGCCAUUUUUUGCACAAUUCAAGCCAUGGGAGAAUUGGCGUCAGCGUACCCCAUAUCAGGAUCAUUCAAUGUUUUCGCCAGUCGUUUUAUUGACCCAUCGUUUGGGUUUGCGGUGGCAUGGAACUACUUUUUCCAGUUCUUGGUGCUCUUACCGUUGGAAUUGGUGGCCGCUUCAAUCACCAUGAAAUACUGGACCAAUAGUGUCAAUCCCGACAUAUGGGUGCUAAUAUUCUACGUGGUUGUGUGCUCUAUUAAUCUCUUUGGAGUCCGGGCAUAUGGUGAGGCAGAGUUUGUGUUUCUGCUUGUCAAAGUCAUUGCCGUAAUUGGCUUUAUUCUUGUAUCCAUCGUGCUCGCUGCUGGAGGAGGACCCCAUGGAAAAUCAGUGGGAACGAAAUAUUGGCACAAUCCUGGAGCCUUUGCCAAUGGAUUCAAGGGAGUUCUGUCGGUCUUUGUAACGGCAGCUUUCUCUUUUGGCGGAACUGAACUUGUGGGUCUUACUGCUGCCGAAUCGGAGAACCCUCGCAAGGCAUUACCGCGGGCUACCAAGCAGGUGUUUUGGAGAAUUCUUAUGUUUUACAUGAUUUCGUUGACAUUGAUCUGUUUCUUGGUGUCUUCUACAGACGAUAGAUUACUUGGUUCCAGCUCCGUUGACAUAACCGCUUCACCAUUUGUCAUUGCAAUCAAUAAUGGAGGUAUCGGCGGUUUACCCUCGGUUAUGAAUGCUGUUAUUUUGAUCUCGGUUAUCUCAGUUGGCUCUUCGUCGGUGUACGCUACUUCAAGAACGAUAACUGCUCUUGCGGAACAGGGUAUGGCACCCAAAAUAUUGGGGUACGUCGAUCGGGCUGGACGUCCAUUGGUGGCUAUUCUAAUCACCAAUAUCUUUGCACUUUUGAGUUUUAUUGCUGCCAGCGGCAAGCAGGGCGAAGUGUUCGACUGGCUCCUCAGUAUCUCGGGACUCAGUUCCAUUUUUACUUGGUUAAGUUUGUGUUUGGCUCACAUUCGGUUCCGCCGUGCUCUCAAAGUAAGAGGACGAGGAACCGACGAAUUGGCAUUUAAAUCGCAGGCAGGAGUCCUUGGGUCCAUCUACGGAGCUGUACUCAACACUCUUGUACUUAUAGCCCAAUUCUGGGUAUCUUUGUUUCCACUUGGUGAACUGCCUAGCGCCGAGGGCUUCUUCAUGAAUUAUUUGGGAUUUGUAAUUUUACUUCUUUUCUACAUUGGUCACAAGUUGUGGAAGAAAAACUGGAUCCUAUUCAUAAGAGCCGCUGAUAUCGACGUUGAUACGGGCAGAAGAGAAACUGAUCUUGAAGCCUUGAAAGAAGAACUCAAAGAAGAACGAGCUAUACUAGCCACUAAACCAUGGUACUACAGGACGUAUCGCUUCUGGUGCUGA